AUGAAAAUUAUGAGUAGUUCAAACAUUGUUUUUCAGAAGCAAUCGUGGCUGACGCAUCGCAUUUGGCUCAUCAUCAAUGCUAGAAGGAAGUGUCUUCGACUGUUGAGAGAGAGGAUCGAGACUUUCGAAAAAGUGAUCAAGGAGUUGAAAAUAGCGUACCACGUGCAAAAGCAGCCGGAGCAUGUGAAGACCAGGAAGGCAUGGGCUGAGGCUCAACUUCGCGCUCGCGUAGAACAAGAGAAAGAGCGACGUUUAGAAGAACUUCACCAACGGUAUGAGGCGGAGAAGAAAGAGAAAUCUGAAGAAAUGGAGAAAAGGCGGCAAAUGUUACGGAAGGAGCAGCAAGAAGUGGAACAACGUCUGCGUGGUUUGUUGGUUCUGGAGGGCAAAGCCACCGAAACUGUCGGCCAGUACCGACCUUCAUUGAUAGGCAGUCUGUCUGAGGUGGUUAUGCAUUCGGCCUUGUUCUAUCAUCCCAAGCCAGACAUGGUCAAACAGUACUAG